AUGUUUUUUGCAUUAGCAAAGGCCACGCAAAGUGGAAGCAUGCUUGCGAAGAUUGGAGGACUCUUCACUAAAUAUAGCAAAACAUUUCAGUCAAACUCUUGGGGAACAACAGUCAUUAACACCAUGGAUUCCUUAGUAAAACAAAUAGUUCUAGCAAAUAGCUCGGAAAUGUUUGACGUCGGCCCAUCCCGGAUACUGAUAGCUUAUCACAGAAGCAUCGCGAAACGAACAUUCUCCGUCAUCUCAUCACUUGAGGGACAGAUGAAUCGCUUGCCGGAAUUGAUACCCCGAGAUGGUUCAACGAUUGAUCUACAACCACUUUUGAAAGAAAAAAAAAUGGAUGAUUCUACGGAAGAUUUCAUCUCGAUAUUUGAUAAAUCCUUGAUAGGUUUACACGCUCCUAUGUUCCUUGGCAGGUUGGUUUUCAUUCGUGUGCGUGAUACAAAAUUGAGAAAAGACAUAUCUUAUGUCCAUGAUUCUAUUGACAGAUACGUUGAAAUGGCUAUUGACAGUCAUCGGUCAUCAGAGAGACCCGUUGAACAAGUCUCGCCAGCCAACUAUGUAUACCUGGAUGAUUUCGUCAAGAAAACCAAGAAAAAAACGAACUUCGAAAUCAAAUCUCGUGAUUCUACUUCUAGUGCAACGAGAUCCUUAUUCUUUCGUUUGGCACGUCAUCCGGAUGUCUGGGUGAAGUUGUUGCAUAAGGAAUUUAUCAGCAUAGGUGAUACACUCAUAACAUUUGACCUGCUGAAGUCGAUGAAGUAUCUCAAGUUCGUAGUCAAUGAAAGUCUUCGUCUUCUUGCUCCAGCAGGUCUCAUUCUACGAACAUGUGUUAAGGAUUUUGUACUUCCAACAGGAGGUAGACCUGAUGGUCAAAGUCCAUUCUGGUGCGUCCUCGUACGGAAAUUAGAACAGUCUUUCACGCAUUACAUAAAAUUGAGAUGUCUGGGGAGAAAUACGAUGGAUUUUCGUCCUGAGAGAUGGGAGAAUCUACGAACAACGUGGGAGUAUGCACCCUUUCUCGGGAGUGGUAGGAUCUGUCCAGCUCAACAGAUGGCCUUGACUGAAGUUUCCAUUCAUGCAAGAAUUUCAAUCCAUGGAGAACAGAGAUCAGGAGAAGAAGUUUGUUGCAGGUAUAAAGUUAUAUAUGAAGAGUAG